UUGAGUACAUGUGUUGGUUGUAGCAUUUGUAGGUGUACAUAUUGCUCACGCUCUUGAACGAGAAAAGCUGAGUGAGAACGUACGCCGUGAAAUAGAAAAAGAAAUCAAUGAAGCGAAAAAUGCCACAUCUGAUAGACAACUCAAUAUCUCUAAAUGAUACCGAACUAGAAUCUAAUGAACAUCGUCUUUCUGUCAGCGUUUUAUUCGAAAAUUCAAAUUUUGCAGAAAUUGCUAUGCGUACACUUUCAGUGGAUUCUCCUCCUCCAAGGUCAACAGUUAAAGAACAAACGGAUCAAAAGGGUCCUAAUCUCAUUUGUACAUUCUCUGCUCCUGUCACAGCUAAUAAUAGAAAUCAACAGUUACGAAAAUUGCGUAUUGCUGUGAAUAGUUGGCUUGAUCAUGUUACAUUAGUUUCGGAAACGAUCAGUGCGUUUGGAACUAUGAAUUCCAAUUUUUCAUCUGAGCGAGCUAUUAAUGGUGUUUAAUUAUUUUACCAUAAUAUACAAUCUAGUGAUUCA